GCCAAUUCUCGCUCUUACACCAAUCCAUAACGAUAUCAGUCUUGUUCGUACUUAUCUAUAUACUAAAAGCGAACGCCCUCCGCCGGUGUUUGUCAAACAGGCUCAAGGCGGAGGAUGUCACGUUUCUCAAGCUAUUUUCACGCAUUCUUAUUGGUCGUAAGAAUUGCCCAGAUGAAAUCUCAAGAACACUUGAAAGAGGCAUUGAUCUCGAAUGGGAAGAUGUUUAUGAUCUAGUUAAUCCUUUCGGCGACACAAGAGGUCGCUCAUUCCAUAGUGUUUGGACGUUCGACCUCGACAAGGACGUUCCCUUUCUCACAAAGCAUGACAAGCUUUGCACGGCACCUCUCAGCCUGGCAAGAGAUAGAGAUAGACUACUUACCUUGGAUGACUUUGAGCUGGUGAGAUCGCCUACCGAGGAAAUCGUAGAGGAGAUUACUGUGCCAGCACCGUACCGGGAUCUUCAACUUGAUGUUGAUCAGAGAAAGAAGGCAUUGCUUGGCCGCAUACUCCGAGACUUUGGUCAUACAUGGCGCCAUUUACUGCGGAGAUAA